AUGGCCGCAAGCAGCGGCGACGAACACCACGCGCCAGCCACCGACACAGCAGCGACUCCACUCCACGGAGCAGACGAAGACGUGGUCAAGCUCCAUGGCGUCCCUGUCGUGCUGGUCGGCGGCAAGCGCAGUCUGCGGGAGGACGACGUCGCGUCCCUCGUGUCCACGGUCGAAGCCAUUGCGCAGGACUCGCAGACGACGACGCAGGACGACGCGAUGCAUGACGUUGUGGCCAAGAUUGAAGACACUGCAGGUAUUGACGUGGCUUUUGACGCCGCGGCGACCGCUGCUGCAGUCGUGCCGCCUCCUGAGGCGAUCAAGACGGACGUGGGGUGCAUGCCAGGGCCGGUGCACGACGCUGUAGCAGCAGCUGCAGGGAUUGGCUACGACCCCAGUGGCAAUGGCGCUACUGUCAAGUUUGACAGCAAGCGCAUGGCGCGCGUGUCGUUCAAUUCCUGGUUCGACUUUGACUCGUACUUUGAGCUGUACAUGCAGGAGACGUUCCAGCCGUUCCGCAUGCGCUCGUCUUGCAGUGUCGAAGCUUACCGUCGGAACCAGCAAAAGGUGAUGCUGAACAACAAGAGCUCGCGCGGACGACGCGCCGAGUUCCCCGAUGAAGCGAUCCAUCACCACCGGAUAUACAUGUGCACGCACGCGAUGAAAGCGCGCUGUCGAGGCGCGAAUACGCGUCCAGGACAGAAGUACCGUGGCAUUGGCUGCAUGGCUAAGAUCAAUGUCAAAAUUACGCCGGCUGACAACCCGUCCAAGUAUAUGGUGAUUGUCACGGACCAGGUGGUGUCGCACAACCACCCGGUGAGUCGGGAGAUCUACGAGGCGUAUCCAGACGUGUUACUAAAGAUGAUGCGGCGCAGUCAGCUGUCCCAGUCAGUGCUAGGCCAUCCACCUCCGCCCAAGUUCGAGACGCCUCAACAGACGCAAAAGUACGAGCGGGCGAUGAAUACGUUCCAGUCUGUCGCCGAGACGAUGGCUCGUUUGAGCGAUGAGGACUACGAGGCGCAGCUUGGUCAGCUCCAGCGGCUCUAUACCCCCACGACGGAGCAAGACGAAAUGGUGUAA